AUCGUUUCGGAUGUGCUCUCGGUCGAAGGUCGGGUGCGAAUGCCUCAGGGAUACACAAACAGUUCACAGGAGUAGACGUCUCAUGAAUUAAAGUAUUUAUGGUCAUGUAAAAAAGCGAAACGCCUCAGUUUUCUCUUCGCUAUCACGUAUGAUGAUAUCUAGCGCAUCCGUUCGCCAUCGAGGUGCCGAGUCCAUCAGGUCUGCCUCGGUGUUGGCGCAUCUCGACGAAUGCAUAGGCGAGCGAGGCAAGAAGGAGGUUUCGAAGAAAAGAGUCCGAGGCGUAAAGGAGGGGAGGAGGACCAAGGCAGAUGCUGCUUCCCUGAAUGACGAGAGCGGCGACGAGACGUCUGGCUGGUCCAAACCGUCGUCCUCUCCGAGCUCCUCUACCACUUCUGCGUCUCCAUCGAGAAUGGGAUCACAGCUGUCGGACUGUCCGCCAGACAUGCAUAUGGGAAGAGGCGAGGUUCUCCGGCUAGCGAUCCUCCACUCUAUCACCCAGGGCAACUUCGUCGACACUGAGUUCCACCUGUUCUCUCGUCUCCGUCAGCAUGCAGAUGGUAUGGAGGUUUUCGGUCCGCGCGUGGCUUACGCGAAUAGUGCUAUACUCAGGAGAGCCUCACCCGAGCUCAACAGUUGUGAGUGCUAUUAGUUCUGCAUGUAUAUCGUUAUCAAGGUAUAGCGUACUGAGAG